AUGUCUGACGGUAGGAGAACCGUGGACAGCAUGAAGGCUCUCCUUCAGUCAUGUCAGGGAGCUGAUUCUCAGCAGACCAUUAACUUCUACGACUCGUGGUGCGAGACGUACGAACAGGAUUUUGAGCUGCUGAACUACCGGGCUCCUCAUCACGGGGUUAGCUUCCUGCAUGCUAACUUCUCUGGGAGUCGUGAGGACGUUCAGGUGCUGGAUGUCGCCUGUGGAUCCGGACUGGUCGCCAAACUGAUGACUGAACUGGGCUUCAGGAACUUCGUUGGCGUGGACGCCAGUAAAGGCAUGCUGGAAGUAGCAGCAAAGACCGGCCUCUAUCAGGACCUGAAACUGGCCUUACUGGGAACAGAACCACUGCCUGCAUCCAACAAUACAUUCGAUGUGGUGAUUCUGGUCGGUGGUCUGGGUCCUGGUUUUAUUCCGGUCAGAAUCGUCAGAGAGCUCUGCAGCGCCGCCAAACCAGGUGGUCUGGUGUGUUUGGUGAGAGGAGAGCACAGAGGAGCCCCCAGCGACAGGUACAAGCAUGAGCUGCACACAGAGCUGAAGCUGAUGGAGGAGGCGGGGCUAUGGAGUCUGCUGGCCACCAAACACAUCGACAGGUACAUGGUGGACGCACAGGCCAACACCGAUGGAGACCAGCAGGGGGAGCUGUUCAUCAGCGGGAUGGCUUAUCUCUACAGGAAGGCAAACUGA